UUGACAAAGUGGCAUCAGUGUCAAGGUUAUCAAAUUUUUACAGGUUUUAUGAAAAUCAAGUUGGUAGAAGGGCAAUGACCCAAAUGAAUGUUUCUGCUGAUGGAAAAUCUGCAGCAUGAUUUCAAGUUAUCUGCUCUGUUAGGCCUGACUUAAACCACCCAGCUAGUUGAUGUACAGCUCUGAACCAGCCAGUGGUUACGCUGCUCUUUGACAAGCUGAUAGGGAGCACCAGCUGGGUUUUACAACAGCGCUGUAAGACCUCCAGGCUGUGGCCAGAGGAUGCCUGGAGUUUGCAGUGCAGUUGUUAAGUUGUAUAGGAUGUGCAUGUGAGAUAAGCAAUUCACUCCUGAUCUUGAAGCACCCCAGCUGAAUGAUUCUUAAAAUCGGGCUCUGUAAAGCCAUAAUUUCCAUGGAGCAGCCUUCAAACCAUGUUAAUCAGUGAAAUUUUGAGUCAGAAGCUGAUGUAUAUGCUGGUCUACACAUGAUUCCAGGGCCUGACAGCAGUAAGUUUGUUGAAGUUUAAUGUCUGUUGGCAUAUUCUGUAAAUAGAUUUUUCUUUUUCAGAGGGAAAAAAUCCAGAAGGAGAAUCUAUUUGUAAUCUUCACUCUAUAUCUUACAGCAGCUCCACAUGGAAAAGAUAAAAUAACAAUUUUCAGUUUGGAGUCAGGGUUGGUUGGUUUUUUUUGGGUGUUUUUUUUAAGGUGGAGAGAUUGGGGGUUGUUCUGCCUUUUUCCAGUGCCUUUUCUAAAAGGUGGUUCAACAGGAUGUUUGGGGGAAAUGUGACAUUAUUGGGUUUUGGCAUUCCAGGGGAGCUUAAAGUGGAUCCAGCAUAUUGUCUUAUGCAUUCCCUUCUGCACCAAAUGUCAGGAGUAAUUCAUGUUGUUGACAUCUAUGUCAACAUGUGAAACUGAAUGAAGGACAGGAACUAAACAAAAAGCUAAUAAUAGAAGAGGCAAGAAAGUGAGAAGUGAACGCUUCGUUAGUAAACUUUCUUACUGUCACGAGUAAGAGGGUCAAAUAGUGCAGCCUGUCCUUAUCUGUUACCACAAGCACCUUCUUGUUGGCAGCGUUCAAGCGAAAGAGCUGUUUGUACAUCUGUGUGCAUUUUGUGAGCAUGGGAAACAAGCAGUUUACCCAAGAAACACGCAUGGUGGAUUUAUAUAGAGGCAUACAAAAGUCACUUUGGUUCAUCUUCAUUUGUUUAAUUAUUUACCCUACUUUAUGGUUAUGUUUCCAAAAACUCUGUAAAGAAUGGCCUCACUUAUACCCACCGCAAACAUUAAAUGUGUGGUUUGUCAGCCAGGCAAUGUGAGGUGUCGUGUUUGAUGUGUCUUCUGUAGUAGAAGAGUCACCUCUCUUGGUUCAGUGAUUACCACAGUAUGCAACUCCAGUAUAGGCUGUUGAAGAAACUGCUUAGUCAACCUUGUUUUGGCCCUUUAACAGGUUAAGGACGUUGCUCCUUAUUGUUUCCUAGUAAAGCUCAUGAACAAACUAAUCGGAAGGCCAGUUUGUGAGAAAGUUUGUGGUACUGCAGGCUGUGAAUUCAGGAGUGCUGUGUUAUUGCUCAAGUGUGUUGUGUACUGCUAGCAGAAAUCAGAAUAUGUUUCAUGUUUCCUUGUGUGUUGGUAAAUCUAACGGUUUACAUCAUGCAGAAGUAAAAUGCUUUCUAUAAGGACUUCUGCUUCUGAUGCCAGGACUCUCUUGAAGACUUACUUUGUUGCUUGGCUUAAAGGAAGAUGAUGAUGUAAUGAAUUCUGAGCAUCCUUCAGGAGGCUGGUGGCCCUUCUAUCAUUGGUGAAUGCUGUCAUGGACAACUUCAAAGGCUCUUUUCCAAAACAUCACAAGCAGCUAAUGCACCUUAUAAAGGACUCCUGACCUUUUGCAUCUUCCUGAGUCGUAUCUAGAUGUCACCAGUGUUUCCCAUGUUAACAGUUCUGAGCAUGUUUUACUAUAUGUGCCUUCGGCGCCGAGCUAGGACAGCAUCAAGAGGAGAAAUGAACAGCCGGAGGGCUAUUGAAUCAAACACCCGAGCCUUACCUAUCAAUGUUGAAAUAGUUCAGUAUGCCAAAGAAGUGUUGGAUUUCAGCUCUCACUAUGGCAGUGAAAACAGCAUGUCAUAUACCAUGUGGAAUUUAGCAGGUAUUCCAAACGUGUACCCUAGUUCCGGUGACUUCACUCAAACUGCUGUCUUUCGAACUUACGGGACCUGGUGGGACCGUUGCCCGAGUGCUCGGCUGCCGUUCAAGAGGACACCACCCACCUUCUGUAGCCAGGACUACGUGGAACUCGCUUUUGAGGAACCUGUGUAUCCCACUGCAGUGCACAUUCUGGAAACAUAUCAUCCUGGAGCUGUAGUCAGGAUUUUGGCAUGCUCUGCAAAUCCUUACUCACAAAAUCCACCAGCUGAAGUAAGAUGGGAAAUCCUUUGGUCCGAGGCACCUACAAAGGUGAAUGGUCCUCAGGCUCGUCAAUUCACACCUUGUAUCAAACAGAUAAACUUUCCCACAAACUUAAUCCGACUGGAAGUGAACAGCUCUCUUCUUGAUUAUUACACUGAAUUGGAUGCUGUAGUACUACAUGGUGUGAAAGAGAGACCUGUACUUUCACUUAAGACUUCGAUGAUUGACAUGAACGAUAUUGAUGAAGAUGAGGAUGAAGAGAAAUACGGCUGUGGAAUGGACACCCUUAAUAAACAGUUCAGCAUUGUUACCCUCAGGGAAUGGCCAACUAACGGAUAUUUUGAUAAACUGCCUUAUGAGCUCAUCCAGUUGAUUUUGAGUCAUCUUACAGUACCAGACUUGUGUAGACUAGCGCAAACUUGUAAGCUACUAUAUCAACAUUGCUGUGAUCCUCUACAGUACAUUCAUCUCAGUUUACAACCUUACUGGGCAAGGAUUAAUGACACAUCUCUGGAAUACCUUCAGUCUCGCUGCACUCUCAUCCAGUGGCUGAAUUUAUCUUGGACUGGAAACAGGGGAGCCAUCUCUGUUUCUGGAUUUAGCAGGUUCUUGAAAGUUUGUGGCUCUGAACUAGUACGUCUUGAGUUGUCUUGUGGCCAUUUCCUCAAUGAAACAUGCUUGGAGGUCAUUACUGAAAUGUGUCCACAUCUUCAGGAGUUAAAUCUCUCAUCAUGUGAUAAAAUACCACCUCAGGCUUUCAACCACAUAGCCAAAGUGGGCAGCCUAAAACGUCUCAUUCUCUACCGAACGAAAGUGGAGCAAACAGCCCUGCUCAGCAUUCUGAACUUCUGCUCGGAGCUGCAGCACCUCAGCCUGGGCAGCUGCGUCAUGAUCGAAGACUAUGAUCUUAUAGCAAGCAUGAUGGGAGCAAAAUGCAAAAAGCUUCGCAGUCUGGAUUUGUGGAGAUGCAAAAACAUAACUGAAAGUGGAAUAGCAGAACUGGCUUCAGGCUGCCAGCUUUUGGAAGAACUUGAUCUUGGCUGGUGCCCUACGUUACAGAGCAGUACAGGCUGUUUCACAAACCUUGCACGUAAACUCCCAAACUUGCAAAAGCUCUUUCUUACAGCCAACAGGUCUGUGUGUGACACCGACAUUGAGGAGCUUGCUGCUAACUGUACACAUUUACGGCAGCUGGAUAUAUUGGGGACGAGGAUGGUUAGCCCUGCAUCUUUAAGAAAAUUGCUGGAGUCUUGUAAAGAUCUUUCUUUACUGGAUGUGUCCUUCUGUUCACAGAUUGAUAAUAGAGUUGUCCUAGAACUGAAUGCCAAUUUUCCUAAUGUGUUCAUAAAAAAGAGUUUCACCCAGUGACUCAGUACAUAUGCUGCUGUGGAAUUUGUCUGACAGAGUUGUUUCCUGUGAAUUUGUGCUGACUUUUUUGAAGAAGAAUAUAAAUCCCCUAUGAAAUAGUGGAAAGUAUUAAUUAUCUACACAAAUGGGUAAAACACAUUUAAAUAUAUUAUGCAUUUCUUAGAGUUGAUAUUGUAACUAAGAAUUGUUUUACUCUGUGUUAAUUGGUCGCACUGCAUGUUUUCAGAUACCAGCCAUAUGUGUGGCUUUAAUGAGAAGAAAAUGAAUGUCUUCUUAAAUGUCCCUUUAUAGGGUGUUACACACAAACUAUGUUAAUAUCCAGGUGAAAGCAGAAGUUCAAUAUUUAGCAGUAAGGAAAAGAUGGGUGCUUUCUUUUUAUGUAUAUGUGUGUGUAUAUAAAUGUAUACAGAUGUAUUUGUAUAUACAUACACAGAUACUGUAGCAUUCUAGUUCGGCCUGCAGCAUAAGCUGUUAUGAUCUGGCCUAUAAUUAGUUGUUUGAAAACCUGUUUAAGCUUGUAUAAGAAUGAAUUGAAAAGA